GCGGUGCUUCCGGUUUCGGAGCAGUCAAUUCGAGAGCGGAGUUGUGAGGAGCAGCCAGUUGGAUUAUCAAGAAUACAACCGAGAUGUCGGUGAACGGGAGUAAAAUAAACGCUUUGUCUAUCAUGCAGUUAAAUGAGCUGCUGGAGGACGACGAGAAACUCAACCAAAUGGUCCAGGAAACAGACGAGGUACAAAAUGUACAGCUGACAAAAGAGAUGACCCUGGUGGGAAACCGCAGAUUAGCAGAAGAAAACCUCCAGCACCAGCCCAAGCUGGACUGUCUGAAGAUCCAACUCGUCAAGAGGUACCAGGAACUGCAGACGCUCUUCGAGUCCUACCAAAUGAGGAAGGCGACACUAGAUAAUCAGACCUGCGCCACUUCUAUCGACACACUCCUGGCACUGCUGCAGACGGAAGGAGCAAAAAUUGAAGAGGAGACGGAGAACAUGGCAGAAUGCUUUCUGGAAGGCGAAACCGUUUUGGACGCAUUCAUCGAUGAGUACCAGAGCAAGAGAAAGCUGGCACACUUGCGGAGGGUGAAAAUCGAGAAGCUGCAGGAGGUGGUCUUGAAGGGUCCUCGUCUGCCACAGCUGCCUGUUCUUAAAGUGCCAGAAAAGACUUUUGUGACCCCUGGGCUCCCGGCUGUGCAAGUGGACAGCAGCACCCCACCCGUUCCUAUGCCUAGGAGGGCACCUCCUCCGCCUCCAGCGGUCAGUGGUGGUCAGCCCACGCCCUUCAUCGCGGCCGCUGGUUCUGCAGCAGUGGCAGGUCCACCCAACAUGUCGUACCCCAGCCCACCCUAUCCCCCAAUCCCACCACGAACAGGACACGUGUUUCCCAGUCACGCCGUGGCCCAGGGUUACCCCACUCCAUUUGUGCCCCAGUACCCGCCAGCUUUACCUCAGAGACCCGCUCGCCUUCCGUCACAGCCUGGCUUCAUCAUACAGUGACAGGAGACUGGCGGGGGCAGACUUGGUGACGUUAAGGCCGAUUUGUUGGGCUUUUUUGGGGGGGGGGGGGGAUGCAUCAUUGCCAAGAAAUUAUUGAGGAAAAGGGGAGAAAUAGGAUUAGGUAUGAUGAGAGUUCUAUUAGUUAUUUUUUAUUUGUAACUUCAUUAUCCUGUUGGUCUGUUAGGGAGAAGAAGAAAUUUGGCAAGUGAACUGAUGUGCCCCCCCAUACCCCCCCCCCUUCUCUAGUACCGUGCGUGUCCAUGAGCCGCUCUAUCAAUUUACUUAGCGAUUUACCAGGCAAGGGAGACCCAACCUGACAAAAGGUGCGGGACGUGACGGGAAGAAGCCCGGCCACUGGGGGGCUGAAUGAGGUGAGACCUGCGACCAAAGACCCCACUCUCCUGUUACCAACGUGUCCGCUUUGUUUUGGGUGAAUUUUGUGGCAGGUUUGUAAUUUUGUAAAUUUUUUUUAUAAUUCCACAAUUGUCACUAGGAAUAAAAAAAGAAAACUUUAAACGCAGCAGCGACAACCAGCGGAGCACCGGCCAGGUUUGAACUCUUACACCAUGGACCCAGCCUUCUAGUAAGAUCAUGUGGCACAUCUUUUUAUAUAGAAACUAUUUUUAUGUCGUCGUGAGUGUCAAGUGGCAGCCGUGUGUCGGAGUAGCCCACCGUUGUCACUCCAGUGCCUUGAUGGGAGUUGGGACCCUGCUGUGCUGAGGUGACUGGACGCCGCGCUAGGCCAGCUUUUACUUCACACGUCGUCACCUUCUGGGCCCUCGCUUGAUGUCUCCGCCGGCUCUUUAUGGGCUGCGUAGUCUCAGGAAGGUGACAGAGGGCGGCUGCUGCCUUAUCUCGUAGGAGGGUCGUUUAGAGCGACCAUCUUGAGGAAGGACCAAACCUUUUGAUGGACGCACAACUUUUCAGGUGUCGCCUUUUGGUUUUUUUUUUUUUUGACUUUUGGGUGACGUGCUUCUGUUUCCGUACUGCUGGCGUUUUUUUAAUUAGACGGGCGUUAUGGUGCUCUCAUGUGUGACUGGCAAUCGGAGGGCUGGAUGAUUUUCUCAACUGCUUCCUUUUCUCUCCAUUUUCUUCUUAUAAAGUGUUUAACUAUUGGAUGUUGUCCUCUUUUGAAACGCACUCCACUCUUCACACAGUGUGGCCUCUUUUGAACGCUGAGCUCCUGGUGAAGUCACCACUGGUGUCACUUAGCAAGCACAAGGGCUCGUCGGUGAGCGGAGUGGCGGCAGAGGUGACGACGUUCCUCCAUUUUGUUUAGUCACACUAGAAUUAAGGUCUGUCAAACACUAAGAAUGUUGUUUUUUUUUU